AAUUUACUUGACAUAGGGUUGCGUUUCGUUACGGGCUUGAUGGUAGCGUUUCAUGUUGUGGGCCAAACCCAGAUUGAUCUGCGUGUUCUUCCCACCGUACGUGGUUUAGUGUCGUAAAAAUUGCUCGUCGAUCUUUCCUAUGAAUAUCAAACUGGCUCAUCAGUUUUGGUUCUCGUUUCCGCCACCAGGGGCGUCUGGUGGAAGUUCUUCAAGGCAAGCCGAUGAAGAGAAGGCAAAGGAACGGCAGAAAAAUGAAUCCUCGGAUCGGGAACAGCACCACAAGCAACAGAAGCUCGAUGCCGCGAAUUGCAAGCGGGAAGCUCGGGAAAUAAGGCAACUCGACAACGAACUGUUGAAUCAACGUAGAGCGCAGGAAAGGGAACGACAGGCACAACUCGGAUCCGAGCGACAAGCAGCAGCAUUGGCGGCGGCUACGACCGGUGGUCCAGUGGGUACUACAUCACCACCACCACCACCGCCACCAGCCUCAUCCAACAGCUCGGGUGACAGAAGCUUUCGCCAAAGUGAGCCAUUCUACGCGGAAAGCAGUAUUUCGACGACACCCGGCCGGACGCCACCAACCACUAUAGCGGAGGAAAAAUCCCCCGUCAUAGCCGGUGUCAAGACGCCACUCCUCGAGGACACGCCACCAUUCAGUGGCACGAACCUAACGCUAAUGGAAACUUUGCAAAACAGCACGAAUGCAGUAACACCGAAGGAGGAAGAACCACGCAAUACUGGCCUUGCUGCAGCAGCAACUUCGCAUAAAGCACCGCAGGAAAAAGCACUUCCCGACACAUCACACCUGCAAGACUUUCCCAAAGGCCGACAGGACUCAACGGAAAGCGAAAUUUCGACAAUAUACUCUCAGUCACAAUCGGAUGCCUGUCACAAGAUGAUGUGCCGUGCUCCCAUAGCUUCACUAGAUUGCAUGGAGGAAUUUAGUGGCACGACUGCUCAGCUCGAUUUUGGUCGUUCCACAAGUUUGGGAUCCAAUCCGGCCAUCCAGAUACGCAGCAAUGCAACGACGACGCCCGGUUUGCGCUACAAAAAUCUCGGCAAGAGUGGCCUGCGCGUCUCGAACGUUGGUCUCGGCACAUGGCCCAUCUUUUCGCCGGGCGUUUCCGAGGAACAGGCGGAAGCUAUCCUGCGGCUUGCCGUCGAUAGCGGAAUCAAUUUAUUUGACCUUUCCGAAGCACAUUCAGGUACACGUGCGGAAAUAGAGCUGGGAAAGAUCAUUCAAAAGGCAGGAUGGAAGCGGACCAGCUUCGUCAUAACAACAAAAAUUUAUUGGAGCACAAAAUCCGAGGAGCGAGGAUUAUCGAGAAAACACAUCAUCGAAAGUGUCCAAGCGAGCCUGCAAAGGUUGCAGCUGCCAUACAUCGACGUCAUACUGGUGCACAAGGCGGAUUCUAUGUGCCCGAUGGAAGAGAUUGUGCGGGCAAUGAAUUACGUCAUAUCGCAAGGAUGGUCCAUGUAUUGGGGAACAGCACGAUGGUCGCCGGUAGAGAUAAUGGAAGCCUACACCAACUGUCGGCAGUUUAACUGUGUGACACCGAUCGUGGAACAGUCGGAAUAUCACAUGUUCUGUCGCGAGAAGGCGGAGCUUUACCUGCCGGAGAUGUACAACAAAAUUGGCGUCGGAUUUAUGGCUUGGGGUCCACUGUCCAUGUGCUUGGGUGAUGCGCAGAACGGCGAAAAGCUCUGGAUACCGAAGGGAUCGCUGAAGAGCAAAAGCCAAAGCUACUCCUGGAUCGAGGAUGAAGUAAACAAAGAAGUAAGUGCACGAUCAUCGAUCAGACCGCACUGUAGCGUACAUAUCUGUGUUCCUUUCUUUCUAUUUUCCGCCCAUCUGGCGGUUAUGCUGCAUUUGCGCAAGGAUCUGCAGGACGAGGCACGCCGGCUGUACGACAAGGCGAGAGACAUUAGCAAUCUGGCGGAAAAGCUGGGCUGCAACGCGGUACAGCUAUCGAUUGCGUGGUCUCUGAAGCACGAACCGGUACAAUGCUUGCUGCUCGGUGCCACCUCGCCGGAACAACUCCAUCAAAGUCUGCAAGCGCUACAGUUACUGCCACGGCUGUCGACCGGUGUAAUGCUGGAAAUAGAACGCAUCCUUGAAAACAAACCGGUGCGUCCACCGCCGAUAUCUACGCUUGCGCUUCGGUGACAAUCAGCCUGCCCCCCGGGGCCUCCUAGCGAAAGCGGAGUUCCGUGUGGGGCAGAAUCGCCUAAAGAGGAAGACAUUAGCAUGGGUGAGGAGCAGAAAGAAUCGCAAAAGAUUAGCUUCUGCGAAAUUCAGUGACAAAACGAGAAUUUAGUAACCAGUAACCAAUUUGUAAACGUCGUCACUAGUGUUACGGAACGUAGCUCAGCACUAACGCUUCAAGACUGCUGCCAUACGCCAUCAGCACAGCAGCAGCAGCAGCAGCAGCUACAGCAGCAGCAACAAAACAUGCAAGCACGGCAGCAGCAAACGCACCAACCGUACCAUACGCACCAGUUGCAGCAGUCCCAGCAUCAGCAGCAUCAGCAACAGUAUCAGCAGCGUCAGCAGCGUAAUGUUCAACAGCAGCGAAUGCAAAAGCAGCUUGUAAGGCACCCCAAACUGUGGCGGCAGCGGCAGGACAGAAGCGUCUUGAAGCCAAGCCUGCUCAGCUUGGAGUCACUUAGCGUCAGCUUGGAGAGUCUCUUCUACGAUCAGGCUGGUUUAGAUAGCAAAUUUAACAAUUCCUCCACGGCCACCGGUACGAUGCAGUCGACCAGCAGUACCAUAAGCACCACCAGCGGUUUAACCGGAAUCGGUGAGGAAAAGCAGCAGCAGCAGCAGCAACAGGCACACCAAUUAGUAGAUUGCUUAAAGUCAAUUGACCACUCGUUGAUGGGGGAGAAAAAGAUUAGGUAUAAGAUUUCGUGCAGCUUCAAAUCGUUGGACAGUAAUUGCAAAUCGCUGUUCAACUUUCUGCGCGGCAAAGGCACGGCGAACGGGAUCGCACCGGUCAAAUCGCUGUCGGUGACGGGAACGGAUGGUGAAGCAGUCACGGCACCCGCCACCAAUGCACUGGUGGCACAUCAGCAGCCACAGGGACACGGCGUUCGCAUGUUGUUGAACCGUAAACUGUUCAGUGAUCGUCGAGACAGUGUGCUGCUUGCACCCUGCAUUCAUGUGGCUGAAAGUUAAG